GCCGUUGUUUGCUUCUUCACGGGGUGAAAGCACAUAUGCUGUCCUUUCCUUCCUGUUCUGUAUAGUUACUGUAGCUACUAAUCACAAUAAUAUAUCAACCAUGUCCAUGGGUCCCAUGUGUUUCUGCUUGGCGCUACUCACUCACUUAUUUAUCGCGCCUUACGGUGUUCCUCAAUGCAACUUUAACAACCUCCUCUCUCAACAUGGUUGCUCUUAAUCCUCUGCUUCCUCCCUCUUGCUCACCCUCCUCCCAGGUCUCCAGAAAUAAGCACCGGCUUACAACGCAAACUUCCAUUCCACUCACUAUUCCCUUUCGCAGACUGCAUGCAUUCAAUGGCUUCAUCUUUCCAUCAACAAAACCAAUACACCAUACGGUGAGGCCAGGUUUCAAAGGCAUAGCUGUUAUGACUGAUGACAAGUCAACAAUGUCUUCCACUGAGGAAAACUUAGAAAAUAUCGCCAUCUUUAAUGUUGAUCCUGCCCUAAAAGAAUAUAAAGAUCACUUCAAUUAUCGAUUAAAGAGAUAUGCAGAUCAGAAGAAGCUUAUUGAGGAAUACGAAGGAGGCCUUGAGGAAUUUGCAAAAGGUUAUUUGAAAUUUGGAUUUAACAGAGAAGAAGGUGGCAUUGUGUACCGUGAAUGGGCACCUGCUGCUCAGGAAGCACAAGUUAUUGGAGAUUUUAAUGGAUGGGAUGGUUCUAACCACCGAAUGGAAAAAAGCCAGUUUGGCGUCUGGAGUAUUAAGAUUCCUGAUGUUGAGGGAAAUCCAGCUAUACCUCACAAUUCGAAAGUGAAGUUUAGAUUCAAACACAGUGAUGGAGUUUGGGUUGAUCGAAUCCCUGCUUGGAUUAAAUAUGCUACUGUCGAUCCAACCAGAUUUGCUGCACCGUAUGAUGGUGUCUACUGGGAUCCACCACUUUCCGAGAGGUAUCAGUUUAAGUAUCCACGUCCCCCAAAGCCCAAGGCCCCAAGGAUAUAUGAAGCUCAUGUGGGAAUGAGUAGCUCUGAACCCCGCAUAAACUCCUACACGGAAUUUGCAGAUAAUAUUUUGCCCCGCAUUCGAGAAAACAACUAUAACACUGUCCAGUUAAUGGCUGUGAUGGAACAUUCCUAUUAUGCGUCAUUCGGGUAUCAUGUAACAAACUUCUUUGCCGUGAGCAGUAGAUCUGGAACCCCUGAAGAUCUUAAAUAUCUAAUAGACAAGGCACAUAGCUUAGGUAUGCAUGUCUUAAUGGAUGUCGUCCACAGUCAUGCUAGUAAUAAUGUUACCGAUGGACUCAAUGGAUAUGAUGUUGGUCAAAGUUCACAAGAUUCUUACUUCCAUACUGGAGAUAGAGGCUACCAUAAAUUAUGGGAUAGUAGGCUCUUUAACUAUGCAAAUUGGGAAGUUCUUCGUUUCCUUCUAUCGAAUUUAAGGUGGUGGCUUGAGGAAUUCAAAUUUGAUGGAUUUCGAUUUGAUGGAGUAACAUCAAUGCUGUAUCAUCAUCAUGGGAUUAACACUACAUUUACAGGGAAUUAUAGUGAAUAUUUUAGUGAAGCCACAGAUGUAGAUGCUGUUGUUUAUCUGAUGCUGGCUGAUACUCUGAUCCGUAAUAUUUUCCCAGAUGCAACUGUCAUUGCUGAAGAUGUUUCUGGCAUGCCUGGACUUGGUCGGCCAGUAUCUGAAGGGGGAAUCGGCUUUGAUUAUCGUCUGGCCAUGGCCAUCCCUGACAAGUGGAUUGACUACUUGAAGAACAAGAAAGACCAUGAGUGGUCAAUGAAGGAAAUCUCUUCAAGUCUGACCAACAGGAGAUACACUGAGAGAUGUGUCUCUUAUGCUGAAAGUCAUGAUCAGGCCAUUGUUGGGGACAAGACUAUUGCAUUUUUUCUAAUGGAUGAAGAAAUGUAUUCUGGCAUGUCUUGUUUGACUGAUGCUUCUCCUGCUAUUGAACGAGGGGUUGCACUUCACAAGAUGAUACACUUCAUAACCAUGGCAUUAGGUGGGGAGGGCUACCUUAAUUUCAUGGGCAAUGAGUUUGGCCAUCCGGAGUGGAUUGAUUUCCCAAGAGAAGGCAAUGGAUGGAGUUAUGAGAAGUGCAGGCGUCAGUGGAAUCUGGUGGAUACAGAUCAUUUGCGAUACAAGUUCAUGAAUGCAUUUGACAGGGCAAUGAACUUGCUUGAUGAUAAAUUUUCAUUCCUCACAUCAACAAAACAGAUUGUAAGCAGCACUGACGAAGAAGACAAGGUUAUAGUUUUCGAGCGUGGAGAUCUUGUGUUUGUGUUCAAUUUUCACCCAGAGAAUACGUAUGAAGGCUAUAAAGUUGGCUGUGACUUGCCUGGGAAAUAUAGAGUUGCAUUGGAUAGUGAUGCUUGGGAAUUUGGAGGACGUGGAAGAGUAGGUCAUGAUAUAGACCAUUUCACCUCCCCAGAAGGAAUUCCAGGAGUUCCUGAAACUAAUUUUAAUAAUCGGCCCAAUUCCUUCAAGGUCCUCUCCCCCGCUCGCACUUGUGUGGUAUAUUAUAGAGUGGACGAAAACAACAAAGAAAACAGCAAUGGCAAUGUGGUUGCAGCAAAAGAGAGACUGGCUGCAGAAGAUGUUGGCAAAGUUACUGGUGAAUCUGCAUCCAUAGAAGAUAAAGAUCCCAAUUUCGGUGUGGUAGAGGAGACAUCAACUCCAGUUCUUGUUGCAGAAACUCUUGAGAAACCUACCUCGUUAGAAAGUGAAGUUCUGGACAAUAACGAAGAUGCAGACAACUGAGAAAUUUUCUCGAGGGAGGGAUUUAUUUUGUAAAUUUUGUAGAUGCCAGCGGGUGGUGUGUGUAUAUAUAUGUACGACAAAGAACAGUUCUUCUCAUGUAAACAUCCCUUUUAUUUUCUUUCAAAUAAGCCAGGAGCUUGAGGGAGAAUUAGACAAUUGCAAUGAAUUUUAUGAAUUUACAUGCUUGGAUA